AUGUCAAUAUAUCUCUUGGUAUCUCCUGUUUAUAGAAAUGUCUUCAUCUCCCAGGAGGAGAAAUUUUAUCCCAUUCCAGAAAAACAACACUGGUGAUUAGAGAGUACACCGUGAGAGGAAGUCCACCGAGUCUCACUGUAACAGCAUUCUUCAGUCCCGGAUAGCACUGUUAAUGAAAAAAAGAUGGAAAUGGAAAAUCAGAGCAGAGCAGACCUUGCUCUCCCGAACCCAGAAGAAUCCUCCAGUGUGCCAAAAACUGAGCUCUCAGAAGUAACUCUUCAUGAUUUGAAAUCCACCUCAAAGUCCUCACCAAAGCAUACGUGGCUGACAUUUUUGAAGAAAGAAUUGGAGUUUCUAGGGGUGACGCAAAUUCUCAUUGGCUUCCUAUGUCUUUGUUUUGGAUUAAUUGUCUGCAUCAUCAUCAAUAUUUCAGACUUUGAAGAAUUUUUUUCAUCAUUUAAUGCAGGCUACCCAUUCUGGGGAGCAUUAUUUUUUGCUACUUCUGGACUUUUAUCAAUUAUAUCGGAAAAGAAAAACACAAAAUAUCUGGCAAGAGGAAGCCUGGGAGCAAACACAGUCAGCAGCAUAGCAGCAGUCGCAGGCAUUAUCAUCCUGAUCACCAACCUGAAGAACAUCUCGGUUUAUAUCGACAAUUGCUAUGAAUUUUAUGAGGCAAAUUACUGCUUCAUGGCUUCUUUUUCCACUGAAAUCAUGGCAAUGAUGCUGUUUCUCACCAUUCUGGGGUUUUGCAGUGCCAUGUCAGUCAUAAUCUACAGCGUUGGAGAAGAAAUCAAAAGGAAUAAGGUUCCAGAUGAACGCCUUUAUGAGGAAUUAAAUAUAUAUUCACCAAUUUACAGUGAAUUAGAAGACAGACCAGAAGUGCCUCCUCCAAGUAAUUUGUAAGAAUCAUGUGUCCAGAACAUUCUGAUUCUUAAUAAAGGG